CGCUGAGCUGCAGGGAUUACACUGAGCACCAUGGAGAGCAAGGCUUUUAAUAAACCAAAGGUGGAACUCCAUGUUCACCUCGAUGGAAGCAUCAAACCAGAAACUAUAAUACAUUUUGCAAAAAAAAGACAAAUCAAACUCCCCGCAGACACAGUGGAAGGCCUCCUAGAGCACGUUUCUUACAAAGAACCUCUGAGUCUGACCGAAUUCCUCCAAAAAUUCAAUCAUUACAUGCCGGCAAUUGCAGGUGACAGAGAAGCUAUAAAGAGAAUCGCCUAUGAAUUUGUGGAAAUGAAAGCCAAAGAAGGGGUGAUUUAUGUAGAAGUCAGAUACAGCCCCCAUUUCCUAGCUAACUCCAAAGUGGAUCCCAUUCCAUGGGGCCAGAAAGAAGGUGACAUUACGCCCGAUGAAGUGGUUGAUCUGGUUAACCAGGGAUUACGGAAGGGAGAGAAAACGUUCAACAUCAAAGCCAGGUCUAUUCUAUGCUGCAUGCGACACAUGCCAAAUUGGUCCUCGGAGGUGAUUGAACUCUGCAAAAAGUACCAAAAUGAUACUGUUGUUGCCAUAGACUUGGCCGGGGAUGAAUCUCUCAACUGUGAGUCGUACCCCGGGCACAGGAAGGCGUAUGAGGAGGCAGUCAAAUGUGGAAUCCAUCGAACUGUUCAUGCUGGAGAAGUGGGACCUCCCAGUGUGGUGAAGGAGGCUGUGGAGGUGCUAAAGGCUGAAAGGAUUGGACAUGGCUACCACACUACUGAAGACCCAAAUCUAUAUAAAGAGCUUUUGGAAAAUAAUAUGCACUUUGAGGUGUGUCCGUGGUCAAGCUAUCUAACUAGCGCGUGUCACCCAGAUUUUACCAAACACCCGGCCACACAAUUUAGGAAAGACAAAGCCAACUUCUCACUGAACACAGAUGACCCUUUGAUAUUUGGAUCUACUCUGGACGUUGAUUAUUCAAUUGCAGUGCAACACAUGGGCUUCACUGAAGACGAGUUUAAGCGAGUGAACAUCAACGCUGCCAAAUCAAGCUUUCUACCAGACAAUGAGAAGAAGGAGCUGCUGUAUAAACUGUAUGAAGCCUACGGCAUGAUCCUAUCCACAGGACUCUGAAAUUACAAACGAAUAUACCAAAUUCAUUUAAACACUCCCUGGGCAGAAGAGGCUUUUCCAAGUAUUCGGAAUGCACCAUAACCAGGAUACACAGCCAACUGGGUUACAUAUUGCGGCAAACCUAGCAUGGCUCGGCUGUAUUAUGGGAAAAGUUCAUUGUUCUGCAUGACCAAUUUGUUUACUCAACAUACUGAAGUCUCGGUCUUCUAUAUUUCCCUUAUUAAAUAUAUACUGUAUAUCUCAGGUUGGGGUUUCUGCACGCUAAUCCCAUAAAGCCUGAGCACCACCUUAACCACCACUAUAAGUAUUAAGAGAAGCACAGUCUGGAGCCGAUGCCUGGAGUAAGGAGGAAACACGCACAAAAAUGAAAAUACUUAUUUCUGGUUUUUGUUCAUAAAUGUUAACACCACUCAAAUGUAUUGGAAAUCCAAAGGUUUCUCAUGAAUGUGCAAGGAAUACAAAAAAAAAACAAAUACAUGAUUUUCUACCUAUACAUUACCCAAGUGUUCCCCAGAAAUGCAAAAGCUAUCCCUAGCCUUAUCACCUAUCCCCUACAUCUAACAUAUCACUUGGAGCCUUUGGUUUGCAGUUCAGAUUGGUUAAAAUACUUGACAUGUAAGCUUAAAUUGUCCUACAAUAGCAAUGUUAAACGACCAAAGGUCUUGUUUCACAGUCAAUCAAAAGUAGUGUCCUCUCUACAUUGCAUUGGUUUUUCUGAUUUUAUAUGGAUAGUCUAUAGAAUGUUUCUUGACAUGCCAAUAAGCUUAACUAAAGGAUUCUUUUUUGACGAUUCAACAGACAAAGGAACAUUGGUGGCAAUAAUCAACAUUCCAUAAAUUAAAUGAUAGAAAAUAGGAAUAGGUGACCUAACUUACAAAGAAACUUACAAAGAAAGUCUGAUAAAUUAGUAUUAAGUCCUCUAGAAAGGUUUGUCAAUUUCUUCAGUUAAAAUUCCUCCUUGGAGGUCCAACCAUUGGUCAGAUCCCCCACUUAGCUCAUAAAGUUACAGAUAUAUAGAAACAUUGGGGUAACAGUCACCCUGCUAUAGUUCCAGGGGUACCCAGGGUACAAAUAAGCAUUCACCCCAAAUCUCCCCCUAACUGGCCUUCAGACUGGGCCCCCUUAGCUCAUAACAAGGUUACAGAUAUAUAGAAACAUUGGGGUAACAGUCACCCUGCUAUAGUUCCAGGGGUACCCAAGGCACAAAUAAGCACUCCCCCCAAAUCUCCCCCUAACUGGCCUUCAGACUGGGCCCGCUUAGCUCAUAACAAGGUUACAGAUAUAUAGAAACAUUGGGGUAACAGUCACCCUGCUAUAGUUCCAGGGGUAUCCAGGGUACAAAUAAGCACUCACCCCAAAUCUCCCCCUAACUGACCUUCAGACUGGGCCCGCUUAGCUCAUAACAAGGUUACAGAUAUAUAGAAACAUUGGGGUAACAGUCACCCUGCUAUAGUUCCAGGGCACAAAUAAGCACUCACCCCAAAUCUCCCCCUAACUGACCUUCAGACUGGGCCCCCUUAGCUCAUAACAAGGUUACAGAUAUAUAGAAACAUUGGGGUAACUGUCACCCUGCUAUAGUUCCAGGGGUACCCAGAGCACAAAUAAGCACUCACCCCAAAACACAGCCUAACAGGUUGCAUACCUUUCCUCUGCGCAGCAGAUUUAUUUGCUUUUAUCUAGAUCAUCCUUCCAAGGCUUCUAGAGUUAUGAUAUUUGAUGGACGAGUCAACCUCUCUAAUUAAAACAUUUUGCAUUUUGUACAGAAUCAUCAGAGGGACUUUCUUUAUCUCAAUGGUGCUUUAUUCAAUGAUUUGUUCACACAAAGAAAACUACCACUUCUUUAUCCAUGAAGAAAAAAAGUAUUAUAAAAACACCAUUCAUUCCUUUGCAAGUAAUUAAAUAUCUGUAUAUGUAGAAUAUAUGUUUGGUUCUACAUAAAAAUAGUAAAUAAACCUUUGGAUUAAAAAAAA